CAUAUAUUGUGCUAACAACAGGGAUCGAUGGCCCGCCUUUAGCCCAUUGUUUUGUAUUCCAUUGCCCCAAGUCUACCCAUCACAUACGAGCAUACCCACCGGAAUACAUGGGAUGCCAUCCGCUCUCCCCUAAUCAAACCAGAGAGGGCAAAAAUGGUACGGGGAAUAUGUGGCGCAUUCGCCGUCUGCACAGCACCACCUCCAGCUCUAUGGAUAGAGGCAUCGUUUACAAUACGUGUGAGUUUCCUGAAGCGCUGCCGUUGAAGCAGCAACUGAAAGAACCUCGUGUUAAGCUACAAGGUUCAAUGUUCGGCUACCGGAUGUCUGAGGGUCGGUAGGUCUUGUACCCGACCACGAGCCCGGUAUUUUAAACUCAUCAUUUCAAACCUCG